GUCAUAUUUCCCUGUUUUCACGUGCUCGGAGCAGCAGUGCAGAAAUGCAUGAGCAGUGGAUCAUUGCAAUGGCUGUUCUCCUUAUCCUCAUCCAUCCUGAACUUACUGAAUCCUCCUCAAACUGCUAUCUUGACAAAGGCGGACAAAGACAAAUAAUAAGCGUGGAUGAAAAUGCAACAGCAAUUGUGUCCUGCCCGGGGCUUGCAGAGGAUGACAAACGCAUAACUAUCAGUCUACACAAGGGUGAUACAAAACUGCACUCAACAGAUAUGGGAAACAACACUCAACAAUCAUUGCAGAAGUUUCAGGUGUUCAAAGAAAACUCAUCCGUCUCAUAUAAGAUUCUAAGGACUGAAGCUAAUGACACGGGACUAUAUUGCUGCACAAACGACACUCACAUCAUACAGACUAUACUGCUCAUCAAAGAUGCUCUGCUGCAGCCCACAGAAUCACCUCUCACUUGUCCCACUGAUCUGCCACUGCCACUUACUAUUGGCUGUGGGGUCGCCCUUGUUUACAACGUGUUUAUCACAGUCUUCAGCUGUUACCUCGCUUGUAAACUCAAGAAGUAUGAGCCACCUGAGAACCCCUACAUGAACACAAGACCGGGAGGAUUCAGACGACACUGACGAGAUCAGGAUCCAGCAAAUAUCAGCAAUACAUGACAUCUUCCAUUGACUGUUACAUUUGUGCCUCGAGUCAGCUGAGCAGUACUGUCCGUCACACCAGAUGUAUUAAACAGUAAUUGUUCUUGUAUUUAUUGCUGUUGUAUAUUUAUACAUGUAUAUAUUUACACUGAAACACUAUGACGCCCUGACUUUAAUGGAAACCUGUGUUUCAUUGAUGCAAAUAUCUAUUGUUCGGGAAUCUCUUCAAUGUGACUUGUGUAUGAUUUGAAUUCAUUUAGAGAAAAAAUACAAUCUUUUUUUGCACAAGACAAUGAAUGAAUGUUCUGUUGUGGCUACAAGUAUAGAAGAUCCCACUUUAUUUUUACUGUCUGUAAAUACUGUAUCUGUAAUUACACUAUUGCACUUACUAUUAAAAAUAUAUGCAAUAUCCAAUCCUGCACCAGUGUAAAAAGCAACAUAUAUCAAUAUGAUUUGAUAGUGACAGCAGAGACAGGAAAUGACAGGAAAAAAGAAUAGGGUGGUGGGUGGCGAUAACCAUUGUUCUGCAAAAUGUCUAGCGAGAUUCACAUGCAGGAUCUGUACCACUGUGUUUAUGUUAACGAUAACGUUAACCUUUGUAGUCGAUAAAAAUCUUAGUUUCACAGAACGACAUGUAGCUUACAGUAUGUGCACAACGAAUGCAUUAUAUCAAAUGCUUUAAACUGUAUUGUAAGUGCAUAGUAGGUAAAACUCCUCAAAAUUGUGAUCCAACUGAAUUCAACUUUGAUACAAUAAUAAAAAUCAGAUUAAACUAAAUGAUAUUUGAUCAUUCUUCCAUUUUAUGUCUUUAAUGAAGAGCACUCCCAAGAGACAUUCUAAGUUUUGUAUUAUGUAUUACAUCAAAUGCUUUAAAUUGUAAUGCAAGUACAUAGUUGGUAAAAUUGUGACCCAACAGAAUAAAAUGAAAUACAAUAAUAAAAUUCAGAUUAAAUGUAAUAAUACUUGAUCAUCCUUCCAUUUUAUGUCUUUAAUAAACACAGCUCUGCAAAGAGGCAUUAUACAUUUCCAACACUCCUUAUAAUCUAACAUGAUGCAAUAAUGAACAAGUGAUCAGCAGAUACAUUAUGCUGACCAGGUAUUGUACUAAUUUCGAAAGCGCUGAAUCCGUUUUCGAGUGUAUAUCUGAUUUUAAUAAUUUCCCCAAAUUCAGAGAGGCAAAUAAUCUCUUGACCACUGGGCUUUAUGAUAGGCUGAGAAUCAAACCACACCCUUAACCAAAUUUUCCAGUUCCACUGCUAUUGUACUGUUUUUGCUCGAGUCUCAUGCUCAUUCGAUUUUUUUCCCCUUGAUUACACAUAUUGUGCAAAUUGUCUACAUUACUUGCAAAAUUUGAGCACUUUACGGGCAUUUGCAGUCAGCUUGAGGUUUCCUGCCACGUUACUGAUGUCACAAAGCUUUUUCCAGAACUCACUCAAGUAUAAAGAGACAGGGGGAUACCUUCACAGUUAUUAUUACAUGACACAAUGAUUAUCACACUUAUUAGAAUCUUUAUAAUAUUUAUCCCGCUGGGAUUCGCCCUGCAGGUGUCUCAGCCUUAUCGUGUGGUAGGAAAACAGGGAGAGGUCUCACUCCACUGCUCCUUUGGUCCAAAGUCAAGGCUAGAGGAAAUGCAGGUUUCUCUGUAUAAAGGUUCGCAUGGUCGGGAGAGGAUCUGCAGCGUUUUUGUCAACCUCUCUGAGCCCUACUUUACAACAGAUGGCACAGUUAAUUGCAGAGGGAAUAUUAGCUCUGGAAGAGUGGAUAUGAUCAUCAGUGGACUCAGAGGGGAAGACACAGACCUCUAUCGUUGUGAGAUCGAGAUUCUCUUCCCACCUCCGUAUGUCAGAGGGGUUGGGAAGGGCACUGUUGUUUACAUACAAGAAACCCCAAACUGCCCCACUGCAUCCAGCCUGAGCCAGAGUCAAAGCCAGAGGCAGACAUCCGAGCGGGAAGCUGUCAAAGAUGAUCUGGGCCCUCUUCCACUGCUAUAUGCCAUUCUAAUCAUCACUUCCUGCAGCUUUAUUCUACAGAUUAUCAUCUGCAAAUGGAGGGCUUCUUCGUCUAUGGCACCUAUGCUUUCACAAAAAGAGAGCUAUAUGAAAUUCUAGGGGGGCAAUCUCCCCAUUUACAUGUACUCACAUGUAUUCUCACCUGCAUGUACCUGCAUGUCAUUUUCUCCUGCAUGUAUUUACAUGUAAUUUUUUACUGCAUGUAUUGGCAUGUACUCACUGUAUUUUACAGUUCCAUGUAUGUAUUCUCACCUGCAUGUAUUCACAUGUAUUUACAUUACAUUUGAUCAUUGUCUUUUUUGUUUAGUUUUCUUUCAUUUUAUUAAUGAAAUAAACAUAUUUGUUUUAAAACAAAAA